AUGCUGAUCCACGUCUCAGCCGAAAAGAUUGAAACUUUGUUCAUUUCUCUCAUGAGGCAGAUUACUGGAGGGGAUUUCAGCGAGUCCAAUUUGUGGUUGAGUGUCGAGGUUCUUAAAAUAUUGUCUAACAAUUGGGAUUGGUUGGUGGAGGAGCCUAUAGUCCUCUCAAGUGCAUUGUAUGUCUAUCUCAGGUUGUUAGCAGAUCAUUUUAGGUUAGGAGGAAGCUUCAAGUUGGAAGAGCUGAAGAGGAUGGAGAUUGACUUUUGUGUCAAGGCGUUGAGAGAACACUUUCAGUUGUCUAUGCAUAUUGGUAGAGAUCUUGUCCGUAUUCUACAAGAUGUGACCUAUAUUCCUGAGUUCAAGGACAUUUGGAAGGAUCUGCUGUUUGAUCCUAAAAGUUUCCAGGUUUCAGAAUUUUCCAGUCUGUCCAACCUUUAUUGGAGAAGAACACCAUCACACUUUUUCUUGCUGAGGAUCAGUCCCCAAAUGGAAAGCCAAUUGAGGUUUUUGCUCACCUUUGUGAAAUGGGGGAGCCAGAAAAGGUACCAAACAUGGUUUGUCAAGAAGCACUUAUAUUGGCCUGGUAGUGAGUCUAUGAUAAGUGACAUAGUUCGCUUCAUAUGUUGUGUCCACCAUCCUUCGAAUGAGAUAAUUCAUUCUAAUGUCAUAUCGAGGUGGGCAGUCAUUGGUUGGCUUCUGAAGUCUUGCAGGAGGAAUUAUUAUGAGGCAAAUGCAAAGCUUGCUUUGUUUUAUGACUGGUUGUUUUUUGAUGAAAAGAUUGACAAUAUCAUGAACAUUGAACCUGCAAUGCUUUUGAUGAGAGAUGCUUGCUGGGAGUGUUUCAGCAUCUAUUAAUUUAUUGCUCAGAAAAGGCGUGGUACAUUCAUUGGAUCCUCUGAUUUCUUGUAAUUCGAUCUCACCAGCGCUCAGGGAAAGGCUCAACUCGUUCCUUCCAGCACUACAUC